AUGGAGUUGACAGAGUUUGGCAGUCAAGGUUCCCUCACAGCCCACCGCGGUUACCAUGGCUAUCAGCAGUCUCUGCGGGCACGGACGACUCUGCCCCGAGAAGCCAAUAACAACAGUCCCCAGUUACCCAGUGAGAAUGGCCCCCAGUUUGGCUGGGGCUCCACCCCCACACCUGAAGAAGCAGGAGAUUCCGACAAAAAUCAGAGUCUCCGAGAGCUGCCCCUUCACAUGGGUCUGAAGAGAGCAGUCUGGCAGGUGCAGAAGAUGCAAGUUCCAGUUGUUUCCAGAUGGGGUUCCGGCAUAAACAAAUACACUAAGGCUCUCAAGCGUUUCCGUAAAAAUGCAAUGGGGAUCUUGGUCAAAUUCGUACUGUGGAGGAAAGUGAUACAAAAGAUAGGAGGACACUUUGGAGGUGGCGUCCAAUCCUACUUCCUCUUUCUUCGAUUCCUGAUCGUCCUCAACUUCCUGUCCUUCCUUUUGAUUGCCGCGUUUGUCCUCAUCCCUAAUAUUGUGUUUGAGGCCCAGGGUUCAAGCGUCUUCAGCCGAACUGGAAACGUCACCGAAAACACGAACACAACAAAUUGCGAGGGGUAUGAUCACGGUUCAGAUACGCUCACUCCUUUCUACCAGUAUUUCCUCGACUUGCUCUCGGGAACGGGUUUUAUGGAGUACUCCUACCUCUUCUACGGCUUCUAUCAAAACACGGCGGUGAUUAGCAACGGUUUCUCUUACAACAUUCCUCUGGCAUAUUUGCUCACAGCUGCCUUCUACUUCCUAUUCUGUCUGGUGUGCAUUAUCGUAAGCAUGGGCAGUGCGUUGCGUGUCAUCACUGCAGCGGGUGGAGGUGCAGUUGGAGGUUACAGUACGCUCGUGUUCACCGGAUGGGAUCACGGUCUCCAGGGAGAUCGGGCCACCAAACUGAAACAGCAAAACCUGCGCCACCAGUUUCAGGUGGAGCUGGAGGAGGAGAGAUUCCGGUUAAAGGCCGCGUCCCAGUCCCUGGGUCAAACAGUCGGGAUGUACGUGCUCCGGAUCUUUCUCAACCUGGUCGUUUUUGCGCUCCUCGGAGGAGCUUUCUACAGCAUCUUCGUAGCUACAAGGUUCAGUCAGAGCCGACAAGAGGAAGGCUUUCUGGGAUUGCUACUGGAGUACCUGCCCUCCAUCGUCAUAACGGUCGAGAACUUUGUGGUGCCCUUUCUCUUUGGCAAGAUCACAAUUCUGGAGAAUUACACUCCCAGUGUCACUGUAAUAAUGGCAUUAUUGAGGGCAGUGUUUCUGCGUUUAGUCAGUCUGGCUGUUCUGCUCUAUACACUGUGGGCUGAGAUCACUUGUGGUGGAAAACCGGAGAGUGCAGAAUGCCUUCCUUGCAAUUACAACUAUAACCGAUAUCAGUGCUGGGAGACGCGGGUUGGACAGGAGAUGUACAAGUUAACGCUGUUUGAUCUCCUGACAACACUUGCUGUCCUCAUUUUAGUAGAGUUUCCCCGCAGGUUAGCUGUCGACCACUGCUCAUGUGCUCUCAGUCGCUGGCUGGGUAGACAGGAGUUUGAGGUCCCAUCCAACGUCCUUGCUGUGGUCUAUGGUCAGACAGUUGUAUGGACAGGAGCUCUCUUCUGCCCCCUGCUGCCAGUCAUUAACACCAUCAAAUUCAUCAUUUUCUUCUAUUGCAAAAAGGUCACUCUGUUCCAGAAUUGUCGGCCUGCUUCUAGAACAUUCCGCUCCACCAGCUCCAACUUCUUCUUCUUUGUCGUUCUCCUCUUGGGCUGGGCCCUGGCUUCCGUGACCCUAAUUUACAGUGUGGCUGUGAUCCAUCCAUCCUAUGGUUGUGGUCCUUUCAGAUCUCUCCUGACAAUGUGGACCAUUGUCCCUGCAACCUUCUACUCUCUCCCAAAUACCACUCAGGAAUUCCUCUUCUAUAUUGGAUCCCAAAAAUUCUCCAUCCCCCUGUUUCUCUCCUCCUGUGUGCUGCUGUGUUUCACGGGUGCACUGGCCUCUGUUUACGGGAGGAGUGUGGCUCAGUUGAAAAUCCAGCACAAAAAUGAGGGACGAGAUAAACAGUUCCUGGUCAAACAGAUCAAGGAGAUGAGUGAGAAACAAGGAAAAAUCCAAGACAACUAUGGAAACAGAGGGAACAAAGAGAACCUUGGGAACCGAGAGAACAAAGAGAACCUUGGGAAUCCAGAGAUCAUGGGGAGCCACGGAUCACCACAGAACCCAGAGAACCAUGGGAAUCCAGAAGGGCAGAAGCAUGGGACAACAGAGAGCCAAGAGAACCAUGGGAGUCCAGAGAUCAAAGAGAACCACGGAACGCCAGAGAACCAUUGGAAUCCAGAGGAGCAGAACCAUGGGACAACAGAGAAGGGGGAGAACCGUGGAACACCAGAGAACCAAGAGAACCAUGGGAAUCCAGAGAUCAAAGAGAACCUUGGAACACAAGAGAACCAUGGGAGUCCAGAGAAGAACCUUGGGGCAACAGAGAACAAAGAGGUCCAUGGGGCACCAGAGGAGGAGAACCAUGGGAAUCCAGAGAGCAAAGAGAACCAUGGAACACCAGAGAACCAAGAGAACCAUUGGAAUCCAGGCAACGAGAAACAUGGGAGAACAGAGAACAAAGAGAUCCAUGGGACACCAGAGGACAAGGAGAACCAUGGGGAUCCAGAGAACCAAGACAAUCCACAGAACCACAGCAAGCAAUCCAGAACCAAAGACCAAUGA